CGCUGGCCCCAACCCAGGGAGCGCUGGAGGCGGGUCCAGGAGGAAGAUUUAAGCGGCCGCGGGACGCCGACGGGGUGUCAGCUGUGGAGUCUCCCACUGGAAGAGCCGCAGCAGCUGCAAAGGAGGAGAACGCGGAGCCGGCCGGACCGACGGACGCGCUCACUGCCCAGCUCGCGCUGCCUCCUAGGAGCUCGCUGUGCGGUUCAGGUUCCUCCUGUCCCCGAGAGCCCCGAGCCGCGAUGGAAACGGUGCAGGAGCUGAUUCCUCUGGUCAAGGAGCUGAUCGGCCAGAAGCCCAGCCGGAGGCUGGUGAAGGUGUACGUGCUGGGCGGCGUGCUGGCCCUGUUCGGCGUGGUGCUGGUCCUGGUGGAGACUGUGUGCAGCCCCUUCACGGCCGCCAGCCGCCUGCGGGACGAGGAGGCCGCCGUGGCCGAGCUGCGGGCCGCCCGGGAGCGCCAGGCCCUGCAGACACAGGCCCCGCAGGAGAAAGGCAAGCAGCACGAAGCCACCCUCUGCAGCCGGGCCCUGGCCCACCGGCAGCACGCCUCCUAGAAACUGUGCGAGCGAGGAUGGGCGAGAGGAGAAAGAAAGAGAGCAAGCAAGAAAGAGAGAGACAGAGACUGAGACAGAGA